AUGUCAAGAUUAGAUCGAUUAGUAGUAUUAUUGGAGACAGGAUCUACACCAUUCAUUAGAAACACUGCAGCUGAUCAAUUAUCUGAUCUAGCCAAAGCUCAUCCAGAAGAUACAAUCAAUUUAUUAGGAAGAGUUUAUCCAUAUUUGAAAUCGAAAAAAUGGGAAACAAGAAUUGCUGCUGCUAGAGCAUUUGGUGGUAUUGUUAAUAAUGCUCCAUUAUGGGAUCCAAAUUCAGAAAAGCAAAUAAAAUUGGAAAAAGAUACCGAACAAGUAUUUGUUAAAGAGGAACUACAAACAGAUCCAAUAGUUAAAAAAGAAUUUCCUCAAGAUGAAAUUAUUAUAAAAAAGGAACAAGAUGAAGAACUACAGAAACUUACUAAAAAUUUAUCUAAUCUAAUUAACUUUGACUCCUUCAGUUUACAAGAAUUGAUUAAAUGUGGCACUAAACUUUUAGCAUCAAAACUGGAUGAUACCGAUUCAGAUGAUUAUGCCAAUGACGUAACACUACUUGGUAGAAUUAAAAGACAUAGAUCAAGCAUAAUACCGAAAGAAAAAACAAACCCAGAAUUAUCCAAAGAAAACUCCCCUGAUCCACAUGUGAAAGAGGAGCCCAUAGUAAAACAAGAACAUACUGGGCAUCAACAACAAGACAUUCAAACAUCAGCAAGUGCUUCUCCACCUCCACCACCAAGUGGUUCAAAUAAACCAGUAUCAAGUGCUAGAUUAAAGGCUAUGCAAAGGAGGAGAGCUAAAGCAAGUGCCAAAAACGGUGCCAAUAAAAUCCGUUCAGUCGAUAUAUCUCAAAGUUCUUUAUCCAGACAAAUGAUGGAAAAUGGGGAAGGAAUGGACAUAGAUUCCAAAGAUUCAACUCCACAAUUUGACGUCACAUCCCAACAAGGUGGUAAUAAAUUAGUCGUUGAAACUAAAACUUCAGAAUUGUCACCUCUAUUGUCGCAACAGAAUAAGGUAGCAGGAUUAAUUUGGCAAUUUCAAGGUGUUUAUGAAUUACUUCUAGCUGAUUUAUUUGAUGACCAAUGGGAAAUAAGGCAUGGCGCAGCCUUGGGAUUGAGAGAGUUGGUGAAAAAACACGGCAAAGGUGCUGGUAGAGUGAUGAACAAAACUCAACAAGAAAAUGAUACAAACAAUGCUGCUACUUUGGAAGAUUUAGCUGUAAGAAUAUGUGUGAUAUUUGUGCUUGAUAGAUUUGGUGAUUAUGUAUCAGACACUGUUGUAGCCCCUGUUCGUGAGUCGGUGGCUCAAACAUUAGCUGCGUUAUUGAUACAUUUGAACGAAGACACUGUUGUCAAAAUUUUCCAUUGCUUAAAUUCAAUGGUUUUACAAAAGGAUAUGGUUCCAAAAUGCUGGGAAGCUAAACAUGGUGGGAUACUAGGCGUACGAUAUCUUGUUAGUGUUAGGACUGACAUAUUGCUAGCUAAUCCUGCAAUGUUUGACGAUGUGGUGACCAUGGUGCUAAGUGGUUUAAAAGAAAGUGACGAUGAUGUCCAAUCAGUAGCCGCUUUGACCCUUACGCCAAUUGCUUCGCAAUUUGUAACUACAAGAAAAAAUGUUAUUGGGACAUUAUUGACGGUUAUAUGGGAUUGUCUUGUCAAUUUACGUGACGAUUUGUCUGCAUCGAUAGGUUCUGUUAUGGAUUUGUUGGCAAAACUAUGCAGCCACAAAGAAGUCAUUGAAAUAAUGCAACAGGAUGCUAGUGAAAAUAAAGACAACUCAUUUGAAAACCUUGUGCCCAGAUUGUUUCCAUUUUUGAGACACUCUAUUACAAAUGUCCGGAAAGCUGUUUUGAGAACAAUUUUGGAAUUUUUGUCUAUUGAAGAUAGCUCUACCAAAGCUUGGAUCAAUGCUAAGGCUUUGAGAUUAGUAUAUCAAAAUCUAUUGGUGGAACAAAACAUUGAUGUUUUGAAUUUAUCAGCACAAGUAUAUGAGAAAUUAUUACUUGAAAUGACCAAUAACAACAUUAAUAUUGAUGUAAUUUUUACAAAGCAAUCAAAGUCUUUAUUGACUUUGACAAUGACACCUAUUGGUAUUUCAAGACAUACUUAUUCAAUGAAUACUACUUUAAUAAUGAGACCAUCAGGAGAAAUGUUGGGACCAUUGCAAGAUGAUGAUUGUCGUGGCAAGAAACGUAAACCUGAUGAAAAUACUACAGAUAUUCCUGUAGAAGAUUUAAAAGUUAAUAUUGAUUCCCCAAUUUAUAAAGGUGAUGUAAUGUUAGUUGGUUACGACAAGUUAAUUGGCAUGAGAUGUGCUGCCUCAGCUGCAUUUGGUAAAACCUUAUCAUACAUGCAAUCAGAAGAGACAUUAUUAAAAAUUUUUGAAGCGAUUUUAGGAUAUUUGAAAUCAUCCCAUGCCACAUCAGUUUUAUUAAGUGCAUUUAUUGUUGAAGAGUAUGCUACAGCUUUGAAACAAAGAGGUUUAAAACCAAAUGAGAAAAUUGUUGCUUUGUUGAGUGAGACAUUUAACCAGGUUUUACUGGAACCGGAAAGUUUGCCACAUUUCCGAGAAUUGGUUCCUACAUUGAAAUCAGUUAGGACAUCUUGCUUGCAAUUAUUCGAUGUGUUUGUUACUGCGGGAAAAAUUUCUCCAUCAAGAAUCCCACAAAUCCCAGUUGUUGUUCAAGGUGAAGCAGAGGCUGGACCAGGUGCAUUUGGACUUGAUACUGCUGAGAAAAUUUGUAAUGAGAAUUUUGUUAAACUUAAAAAACAUUUGUCUGCAUCCCAUAGAUUAUCUGCCAAUCAAGCUCUUGAAGAUGCCAAACAUAGAAUCCUGGUUGCAAUGGAAGAGUCACAAUUAGCUUUCACAUCGAGAGCAAACAGUAUAUUUGCUGGAUUUGCUGCUGCAAGUUUAGCCUUGGCAGGUGUACCAAAAAAGUUAAAUCCAAUUAUAAAGUCAUUAAUGGAAAGUGUAAAGCUGGAAGAAACAUUGGUUCUUCAGAAACGGUCGGUGUUUUCCGUUGCCAGAUUAGUACAACAACUUGUUGAUGUUGGUAAAAAAGGUGCUUCAGAUAAAAUUGUCAAGAAUUUAUGUGCAUUUUUAUGUGUUGAUACUUCAGAAGUGCCUGAAUUUCAUCAUAAUGUUGGUUUUAAAGACAAUAUUUUAUCAUUAAGAAAAGAAGAAGCACAAAUUGAUCCUACAGAUGUGGCUGCACAUGAACGAGCAGUACGUGAAGCCAAAGUCAAACGUAAUGGUGCUUUGAUGACUUUAGAUCAAUUGUUGCACAUUUAUGGAUCUAAAUUAUUUGAUCAAGUUGCGAAAUUGAAAGAAAUGAUGAUUGAGCCAUUGCGAUACUUGUCCCAAACAGAAGAAGUAUCUCAAGAUGAAUUGAAAGGUCAAAGUGUCAUAGAUGCCUUGGGUAUACUUCGUGCGUUAUUUCCAAAAAUGGAUAAGGCAUUGUAUCCUGAAAUCACUGAUAACUUGGAUUUGUUUUUACCUGGUUUGCAAUCAGAAUAUUCAGUGUUUAGGUAUUCUACUGCUAAAUGUUUAGCUACUAUUUGUUCUGUGAUUCCUGCCAAGGCAUUUAUCUUUAUAGUAAAUUCAGUUUUACCAAUGUUGAAAAAUGCUGGGGAUGUGAAACAAAGACAAGGAGCAAUUGAAACUGUUUAUCACAUUUCUGCCGCUAUGGGUGCCGGCAUCUUGCCCUAUGUGAUGUUUUUGAUUGUUCCAGUAAUGGGGAGAAUGAGUGAUUCUGAUCAUGAUGUGCGUGUUUUGGCUGCCACCACUUUUGCUUCAAUUAUCAAAUUGGUUCCAUUAGAAGCUGGGAUCCCUGAUCCUGAAGAUAUGCCACAAGAAUUACUUGAAGGUAGAGAUAGAGAAAGAGAUUUUAUUCAACAGAUGAUGGAUCCUACUAAGAUUAAACCGUUUGAUUUGCCAGUUACUAUUAAAGCUACUUUACGUAAAUAUCAACAAGAAGGGGUUAAUUGGUUGGCAUUCUUAAACAAGUAUCAUUUACAUGGUAUAUUGUGUGACGAUAUGGGAUUAGGUAAAACUUUACAAACUAUUUGUAUUGUGUCUUCAGACCACCAUAUUAGAGAAGAGAAAUUCAAAGAAACUAAAUCAGCAGAAUAUCGAAAAUUGCCUUCGUUGGUGAUUUGUCCUCCUUCUUUGAUAGGUCAUUGGGAGCAAGAAAUCAAUCAAUAUGCUUCAUUUAUGAAAGUGCUUGUAUAUGCUGGGAAUCCAAGUAUUAGAAUUCCCUUGCGAAGCCAAAUACCUGAUGUUGAUGUUGUUGUUACUUCAUAUGAUGUUUGCAGAAAUGAUGUUGAUUCUUUAACAAAGCAUGAUUACAAUUAUUGUGUAUUAGAUGAAGGGCAUAUUAUCAAGAAUGCCAGUUCCAAAUUAUCGAAAUCAGUUAAACGAGUGAAAGCUGAACAUAGACUAAUUUUAUCUGGUACCCCAAUUCAAAACAAUGUUUUAGAAUUGUGGUCAUUAUUUGAUUUCUUAAUGCCGGGGUUUUUAGGUACUGAGAAAGUUUUCCACGAAAAAUUUGCUAAACCAAUUGCUGCUAGUAGAAAUAGUAAAACUUCUUCUAAAGAGCAAGAAGCAGGAGCUUUGGCAAUGGAAUCAUUACAUAAACAAGUAUUACCAUUUAUGUUACGUCGUCUUAAAGAGGAUGUUUUGUCGGAUUUGCCACCAAAGAUCAUUCAAGAUUAUUAUUGUGAAUUGAGUGAUUUACAAAAGAAAUUAUACAAAGAUUUUGCUAAAACUCAAAAGGAAAGUAUUAAAACUGAAGUUCAAGGUUCUGAAAAGGAAGGUAAAACUCAUGUUUUCCAAGCUUUACAAUACAUGAGAAAAUUAUGUAAUCAUCCUGCAUUGGUGAUGUCAGAACAACAUCCUAAGUUUGCUGAGAUUAAUAAAUUUUUAAUUGCCAGAAACUCGGAUUUAAGAAAUAUAGAACAUUCACCAAAAUUACUUUCUUUGAAGAAUUUAUUAUUAGAAUGUGGUAUUGGAUCUCAAGAUUCAGAAUAUAACAACAGUCUGAAGAAGAAAAGUCUCCAACAUCAACAACAACAACAACUUAUUUCUGCUGACGGAGUGAUUUCAGAACAUAGAGCUUUAAUUUUCUGUCAAUUAAAAGAUAUGUUGGAUAUAGUUGAGAAUGAAUUGUUACGGAAAUAUUUACCAUCGGUUACAUUUAUGAGAUUGGAUGGUAGUACUGAUCCAAGAGAUCGACAAUCAAUUGUUAGGAAAUUCAAUGAAGAUCCUUCAAUUGAUGUAUUAUUGUUGACGACAAAAGUUGGUGGAUUAGGUCUUAAUUUGACUGGAGCUGAUACUGUUAUAUUUGUUGAACAUGAUUGGAAUCCAAUGAAUGAUUUACAAGCCAUGGAUCGUGCUCAUAGAUUGGGUCAAAAGAAGGUGGUUAAUGUUUAUCGAUUAAUUACUAAAGAUACUUUAGAAGAGAAAAUCAUGGGAUUACAAAAAUUCAAAAUGAAUAUUGCUUCUACAAUUGUCAACCAACAAAAUGCCGGUUUACAAUCAAUGGAUACAAAUCAAUUAUUGGACUUGUUUGAUGUUGAUGAUACUGGUAAUGGUAAUGGUAAUGGUGGUAAAAUUGAAGAACCAAUUAAAGAGGAAACCGAUACCAAUGGUGGUGGUGGUCCUGCUAAUGGAGAUAUUCCAGACGAUAUUACUGGUGGUCUUACUGGUAAAGCUGCUGGAGCUGUUGGUGAAUUGGCUGAUUUAUGGGAUGAAUCACAAUAUGAAGAAGAGUAUAAUCUUGAUAAUUUCAUUAAAACUCUUAAAUAG